CAGAGCCGGGACAGCGUUGCCUAGCAGCUGGGAGGAGGACUCUGGCUACUUCACGCUCCCCACUUUUGUUUUUUUAAAGCCGAGCAACCGUGGACUCCUUCUUUUGACUGUUCCUCUCCCUAAAGACAUCAUUACCGAACAUGCCACAGACCGUGACACUGAAGGGACCCUCUCCGUGGGGCUUUCGGCUGGUGGGAGGACGGGACUUCAGCACACCGUUAACUAUCUCCAGGGUAACACCUGGUAGCAAGGCAGCCCAAGGUGACCUGUGUCCAGGAGACACUAUCCUGGCUAUCAAUGGUGACAGCACAGAGCACAUGACACACAUGGAGGCUCAGAACAGGAUAAAAAUGUGCUCCCAGCACCUCACACUCAGCAUAACAAGAUCGGGAGCUGGAGAAAGAGUGUGGUCACCAACACUUAGUGAGGACGGCAAGAUAAGUCCUUACAUGGAGCAUGACUCACAGAAUUUCCGUCCCAUCACCAGCGGUUUUGGCAGUUAUGGUCGAAAACCUUCAUAUACAUCUGAACCGCAUUCCCCUCAGCCCCCUCAGUCUCCUCAGCCCCCUCUGCCUCCUCAGCCCCCUCUGCUCACUCACCUGAAUAAUGGACACUCCAGGCCCAACAACGGCUACAGUUAUGGAUAUGGCAAUGGAACCGGGAAUGCUCAGUACAACAACCCAGCGGGGCUUUACUCUCACAAUGGCAGCAAUGGAGACAGAGUCUUGCCAAGCAAGAUGGGGGGUCUCAGCCUGAGUGCCACACACAGCCCAGAGCCUCCCCUACAGUCCCCUGUGGGCCGUAAUGGUUUCGACCCCCAGUCAGCCGUCUACAAGAUGCUGCAGGACUACGAAGAGCCCGUCUCUGAGCCCAAACAGUCUGGCUCCUUCAAAUACCUUCAGGAGAUCCUGGAAGCUGAGGAUGGAGGCAUGUCGCCGACAGAGAGAAUGAGACAGUUAAAGUCUCCCAUCAGAUCUCCAAUACAAAAAUUGGGCAGCCCCAUUACCAACCCAGUUACCAACCCAGUAUCUGGUCUUCAGAAGCUACCCCAGUGCACGCGCUGUUGUAACGGCAUUGUUGGCACCAUCGUGAAGGCCAGAGACAAGCUCUACCAUCCUGACUGCUUCAUGUGCGACGACUGCGGCGUCAACCUCAAGCAGAGGGGAUACUUCUUCAUCGAGGACAAUCUGUACUGUGAGACCCACGCCAAGGCUCGCGUCCAACCCCCUGAGGGCUACGACGUUGUGGCUGUUUACCCCAACUCCAAGGUGGAGUUGGUCUAAAAUGGACAGACGGCAUCGAUGUAAUAUAAAUUAAAAAUCAAAACAUUAGAGUGGGGCUACUGAGUAUACUAAUCUGCGCUGAUUAGGCUCUGUCAAUCAGGACUGCUGAUGUUGGAUCAGUUUUGCCUUUUGGGGGGAGCGGUUUGGUCCUAACUCUUCCUCACUGACAGAUUUGAUAAAUGCUGUGUAUAUUUAGAAUAUAAAAACAUGACAGACUGAAGCUUGGGGCUAAUGAAUCUCAAAAAUCUAUUAAUCUGAAAAUCCUUUUUUUUUCCCCUCCUGUUGUGUUUACAUUGAACUGUAUUUAAAAAAAUAAAAAAAAAAACUGCACCGGUUAGGAUUGUACUCAGAAAACAGAGUUCACACAUUUUAUAUAUUUAGAUCACAAACAUUUUAAUUCCAGAUUAGGCAUCUACAGGUUUAGAUUGUAUAUAUUAAACAAAAACUACUUUUUACUACAAUAACUUCAUCAGUUGUGUCAGUUUCUCGGUGAAUGUUUGUGAUGGUUAACAUUUUUUAAGAAAAAUUUAUUGUUAAACCCAGGUGAGACUAAUUUUGGAUGUAUUUUUUUAAUAAAAACCAGCACAAUUCUGCAUUUUGUUAAAUAUAUUCACUCGUGGUGUAGGGUUUGGUUGUAACGGUUGGUUUAUCUUUUCACGUAUUUAACCAUCAUACUCAUGUUAACAGGAAUUAUUGCAUAUAAUUUACACACAAAUCACUUUUCAGACUCCGUGCAAAAAUAGGGAAAUAAAUCUGUUUGUUACUUUUUUAGUUCACUUUACAGCAACUGUCUAAUGCUUUGUUAUAUGCUGGAAUUUCUUUUUUAGUAAGCAUGAGAAGUAAAUUUAGAGAACUAACUUUUACCUAGAAUAGGAAAAACAAGUUUAGAACAGGUUACACCAAAGUUCAUGCUCAUUAAUCCAGGUACAAAUCCAGCAAUG